GCUGCGGUUAUUUCUGUCUCAUCCUUUCAUCAGCAGGUGAGAUUCAAACGAUGGAAAAUUUUCCCUGAUACUUUUCUAGAUAAUUUCUCAUUAUUCAGUUACAGUGCAGGACGUCCAGGUGGAGAAGCAGGGAAAUCUGAGAAACGUCCAGGAUGGAGUCCCAGUGGAGGCUGACGGCUCUCCUCCUCACCCUCUGCUGCUGCUGCUGCUGUGCUCAGAGGGUCGGGUGGGUCUCUCCUCAUGUGGGAAGCACGGCGGGAGCAACGAGGCUCACCAUCAUGGGAGACGGCUUUGCUCAGGAACGUCAGUUCCAGUUAAAUCCUAAAGAUGACCAGUUUGGCAAUCAGGUGACUCUGGUAUCGGACACGCUGUCGGUCCCCUGCGAUGUGGAAAGGGACUCCACGCACGCCAACCAGAUCCUGUGUUACACCAGAGCGAUGCCACAGGAUCAGUAUGUGGUCCAUGUCAGCGUGGAUGGGGUUCCCAUUGCUGACGCCAACAUCUGCAACGGCAAUUACAAAAGUUACCAUUGCAGCUUCUACACCCAAUGGUGGCGAACUCCAACCAUUUACUCCCUGAGUCCAGUCACCGGCCUUCCAGGAACUCUGGUCACGAUUCGGGGGCGGAUCUACUCCGACGUCUACGGAAGCAACACAGACCUGAGCUCCAACGGCCACGACGUCAGGUUUCUGAGGUCUUACAUGGGAGGGAUGCCCUGCGAGCUGCUGAAGCCUAACUCAGAUGAACUGUACAACCUGCAGCUGGACUCUGAAUCCUCCGACUGGGGCUACAUGAGCUGCAUGAUGACGGGGACUUAUGUUGGUCAUCACAACAUGAGCUACAUCCUGGACGGUUAUUAUGGAAGGAGCCAACCAGAGAAGAACCUGUACUGGAUCUCAUCUCUGUCCAAACUCUCCAUGUUCCAAACGUUUGCAGAGGUGACCGGAGUCUCUCCAUCCAAAGGCAGCAUCAUGGGGGGAACUCUGCUGACGAUCCACGGACGCUUCUUCGACCAGACCGACGAACCCGCCAGAGUUCUCAGAGACUUACAUUUAGCUUUGUCCGCCGUUCUUGCAGGUGGGCGAGGACUGAAGAUGGAAGUGUGGAGCAACAAACGGCCAAGUUCCUUGGAUGAAAUCUGGAGCUACAACGAGAACACAACGGGUUACUGGUCACAGUGGAUCGACUCGCUGCCUUACAGCUUUCCUAAUGAAUACGACCUGUUUGCCACUCGAACCAGAGGCUUCUUUGUGCCUGCGGUCAGCGGAAACUUCAACAUAUACCUGCACUGUGAUGACCGCUGUGAUCUGUACCUCAGCAACUCCAGUCGGCCGGAAGACAAGGUGAAAGUUGCUUUUCAGCCAAGAUAUGUCAGAGACUACUUCCAGCUGGAGUCCCAAAGAUCUGAAGUGAUUUUUCUGGAGAAAGGAAAACCAUACUACCUGGAGCUUCUGCAGCACGAAUACGGCGGCCUUGCUAAUCUCAACAUCGGCUUGUUCCACGAAGAAAGUUCCUUCACAGAAGACCAGUCAGAUGAUGCUGUCAACGAAGUCCAGAACAUUGUCGCUAAAUACGAAGCGCUUGAUGAAAAGCAGGUGCUCACCUUUGACAACUGGCCCUCGGGGGCCCCAUCAGUCAGGGAGGUGCAGAAGGUCAGCAUCAGUAGCGGCUGUGCCACCCAUCUAUGUGGAAGCACCUUCUUCCAGCUGAGCUACGGAAGCGCCCAAACCGGACCACUUCCUGUGAGCACCUCAGCAGAGGAGCUGGAAGCAGCUUUGAACAACCUGUGGUCCAUCAAACCCGACACUGUUGAGGUCAGCAAACAGGAGGACGGUCAGGGGUCUCACUACACCAUCACCUUCAACUCUGACAGAGGUGACUUUGAGGCUCUUGACUUUGAGGUUUUGAGCUCAGACACCAACAUCUCUGUUUCUGAGGUCACCAAAGGUCAGAGCAACAUGGCGACCUUCACUGUGAGCUGGGCCGGGGUUCCUACGGCGCCUAUCGCCUUCAACGCCACCGAGUCUGAGGUGCAGGCGGCCCUGGAGGACCUGAUGAAACCUGACUGUCCUUCUGAAGUUCUGACCACCGAAGGCCUGAACGUGAAAUACUUCAAUGACUUUGAAAACUCUGAGUUCACAGGAGCUCAGAGCGGGACUCCUGAGGGCAACUCUGGCUUCUGUGGGUUCUGGUCUCUGAAGAACGCCGGCCAUCUUUUCAGGGAGUCCUUCACCAAAGAGUCAGGAGAGCAGUACGGACCGCUGCCCCUGGACCAGCACCCCACGCUCUGCUUCGCCUACAAAGGGCCGCUGAGGGAUGAACUUGGGCUGAAGUUCACCUACAGCGACAGCAGCGGUCAGACUCAGUCAGAAAACACCAGAAUUCCCGCUUUGCUCAAAAGCAAGGACAGAUGGAGCUAUGGGUGCCUGGACCUUCUGAGCGCUCUGCAGACAGCGUUCCUGGGCAGCAGGUUCAGCCUGCAGGAGCUUUAUCUCUACGGCGACCAACCUGGUGCUGAUUACUACGUGGAUGUGGUUCACAUCGGGAAGACUCCAACCACCAUGGAUGUAAACGCCGUUCCCCUCAGGAGAAGACCUCCCCCGUUCGAGAGCUCUGGGAGGUCCAUCGAAGCGUUCUCAGUCACCAAACUGCAAACUGCACCUUCACAGAUCACAUACGAAAUCACCGCCACGCCGCUGGAUUGUGCGUUUGGUUUCCCGCUAAUGGAGAUCGGCUUCAUGCAGAUGUCUAACCGCAGCGAGGACGCCGCAGAGUUCGUUACCGGAGGCACCGCCAUCUCCGUCACCCGCCCCCAGAGCGCCACGCCCCCUCUUAGCGGCACAUUUGACGUGGAGAUUUACGGAGGCCGAGCUGAAGGUCUGCCUGUGAACAUCAGCAGGGAGGACCUGAAGUACGCUCUGGAGGGAAUCCCAGAGAUGGGCCAGGUGGAGGUGCAGGAAGUGGGGAGCUGCAGACGUCCCAAGUGGAGGGUCACCUGGCUGAACAGACCUGGAGCCCAGCCACUGAUGAAGGUCGACGACUCGUCGGUUGUUGGUAAUAAUGUCAACUUUGAGGUUCAGGAGAAAACAAAGGGAGGACAGUUGAUCCGAGGCCUGACUGGAGACUUUUUCCGGGUUUGGGAAGAAGAACCGCAGGUGGAGCUCUACAUUAACGGCAUUCCCUCCAACUGCUCAGGGAACUGCAGCUUUCAGUGGUCUGAGGAGGAAACUCCAGUGGUGACUGGAAUCAGUCCGUCACAAGGAUCCGACGGACUGGGAACCCUGCUCACCAUCACUGGGACCGGAUUCAGACUGGGAAAUGCUUCCAUCAUGGUGGGAAACUCCUGGUGCGCCGUUCAGCAGGUCACAGCUUCCACUCAGGUGUGCAGAGUGGGCGGAGCCAGUGCAGGUACCUACCCGGUGUCUGUGAACUUCCCCUCUCUGGGCGACGCGCGCUACGCUGACGACGGCGUCCUCUACUUCACCUACCAGCUCAUCGUAGCCUCCUUCUCUCCGCAGUCUGGAAGUGUUGCAGGUGGCACCGUGCUGACCGUCAAAGGCUUUGGCCUCAGUCAGAACGCCACAGUUACCGUCGGCGGCGAAGGAUGUGAGCUGAUCCAUGCGACCGCCACCGAGCUGAAAUGCAGAACGCCAGCAGGAGCUGUGGGAUCGCAGGUCGUCAUGGUGACGGUGGGAAACAUGAGUCAGACCGCCGACACCUCCUUCACCUACGAUAAUAACCUGACCCCUCAGAUCUCUGGCCUGAGUCCUCUGACUGCGUCUGUGACAGGAGAUCAACUUCUCAUCAUCCAGGGUUCUAACCUGGGAGGCCAAGAUAACGACAGCCUGGUUCUGGUCGGAGAGAAGGAGUGUGUCGCCGCGCUGUGGACGGAGACGCAGAUCAGCUGCCGUCUUCCUGUGAUGCCACCUGGUGUUUACAGGGUGGAUGUGCAGGUCGGGAACAGAGGCUUCCCCCAAACCAGGUACAGAGUGACGGUUGGCGGCGCUCCCUGUCAGGUGACCAACAGCUCCCAGUCGGAGCUCAGCUGCCGCCUAAGCCCCGCCUCCACGCUCCCCAUCGGCGUGGCUCUCUCUGUAUCAGUCAGAGUGAAGAACCUGGGCGGCGCUCUGGUCGCCAUCGCUGCCGAGUUCAGUCGGCGCUUCGUGGUGCUGCCGGUGGUGGAGUCGGUGUCUCCCGCUGUGGGCAGCACCACCGGACUCACCAGGCUGCUGAUCAGCGGCUCUGGGUUCUCUGAAGGCAGCGUGGCGGCGGCAGGCGUGACCUGCAGCAUCGUGAUGGUGAACUACACGCACAUCCUGUGUGACACGGCUGCGUCCCAGCAGCGCUCCGGAGACGUCGUGUUCCGCAGCGGCCUGAUCCAAAGCUCUUGCCGCUCAGACUGCUCCUUCCAGUUCUCCUCCUCCGUUACUCCCACCAUCAGCAGCAUCUCCCCGGACAGCAUCAGCGGUCAGACAGACGUGGUCGUCUCGGGCUCCGGGUUCGGCGGCAUCAUAGACGACGUGUCCGUCUCUAUCGGCGCCACGGAGCUGGAAGUGAUGGCUGUGAGCGGCGAGAACGUGACAGCGAGGGUCCACGCCCUGCCGGCAGGAGACCACCCUGUGAGAGUGGUUGUGAGGAGCAGAGGUCUCGCUUCGGGUCAGGUCACCCUGAGCAGCCGCGCGCUGGCCGCCCUGCAUCCUGCCGUAGGCAGCGUGGCCGGGGGAACGCCGCUCACCCUCACAGGGAACGGCUUUGCUCCGGGGAACACCAGCGUGACGGUGGACGGGGAACCCUGCAGGAUCCAGGAGGAGAGUCCCGGUCGGCUCCUCUGUCUGACGCCUCCUCACGGCGAGGAGCAGGUGGCCGUCAGGAUCCAGGUGUUGGGCGUGGAUUAUCCUCCGCUCAGCUUCAACUACUCUGCAGGCCACACCCCCAUCAUCAGCGCCAUCAGCCCCCCCACCGGUCCGAGCGGAACCGUCGUCACGCUCACCGGAUCAGGAUUCGGUUCUGACUCGCAGCUCCUCUCCGUCACCAUGGACGGCGCUGCCUGCGAGGUGUUGUCCGUCUCCGACGCUCAGGUCCGCUGCACGACGGGAAGCAACCCGGGCGGCGGCUAUCCGGUCGUCCUGCAUCACCGGGUCAAAGGUCACGCCCAGUCAGAGGUCCGCUUCACGUACCAACUGACGCUCAGCAGCGUCCAGCCUAACCAGGGGAGUUUUGGAGGCGGAGCUUUGCUGUCCAUCCUUGGUUCUGGGUUCGAUCCGAUCAACUCCACGGUUCUCAUCUGUGACCAGGAGUGUCCUGUUGUCCGGGAAACGUCCACGUCCACCAAGCUGUACUGCCAGUCUCCACUCAACAACGCCUCUCAGUCGGACCUCAGCUGCCUGGUUUCUGUCAUCAACCCGUUAGACGCCGUCAACAUCUCAGAGGGCUUCACCUACCGAUCGGCUCUGACUCCCGUCAUCACUGAGGUGGCGCCGCGACGGGGAGGCACCGCUGGUGGCACGCGGCUCACCAUCAGCGGCUCCGGUUUCAGCACCAGUGUGAAUGAAGUCAACGUGACGAUCGCCGGCUCGCCGUGCGACGUCCAGUCCUCCAACAGCACACACAUCGUCUGUGUGACCAACGCUCAGAGCCGGUCUCAGGAGACCAAGGUCAGGGUCAGCGUUGGAGACCGCGGCGUCGCCAAGAUGGAUAACGCAGACUUCUUCUACAUCGACGUGUGGUCGUCCAGGUUCACCUGGGGGGGGCAGUCUCCCCCUGAGAAGGGCUCGUUCGCCGUCAUCAGCGAAGGCCAGACCAUCCUGCUGGACACCAGCACGCCGGUGCUGAAAAUGCUCCUCAUUCAGGGAGGAACUCUGGUGUUCGACGAGGCCGACUUGGAACUGCAGGCAGAAAACAUCCUGAUCACCGAUGGAGGGCGGCUCCAGAUCGGUCAGGAGGGGGCGCCAUUCCAGCACAAAGCCAUCAUCACCCUCCAUGGAAACCUGCGCUCACCUGAACUACCUGUUUACGGAGCAAAGACGCUGGCUGUCAGGGAGGGCAUCUUAGAUCUUCACGGUGUUCCUGUUCCCGUCCCAUGGACACAUUUAGCCCAGACCGCUACAAGUGGCGCCAUCACGCUGACUCUGAUGAAGGCAGUGACAUGGAAACCUGGAGAUGAGAUCGUGAUCGCCUCCACCGGCCACAGGCACAGCCAGAGAGAGAACGAAGUCAGAACGAUCGCCUCGGUGUCAGCCAACGGAAAAACUCUCACACUGACCGAGCCGCUGACAUUCACCCACCUGGGAGUAUCGGUCACGCUGCCCGACGGCACCACGUUUGAGGGCAGAGCCGAGGUGGGACUCCUCACCAGGAACAUCGUGGUCCGAGGCUCCCAGAACCUAGAGUGGAGUGACGAGAUCGAAGCCUGUCCUGACGGCUUCGACACAGGUGAAUUUGCCACUCAGACGUGUUUCCAAGGCCGCUUCGGAGAGGAAAUGGGCAGCGAUCAGUUUGGUGGUUGCAUCAUGUUCCACGCUCCCAGGCCGGGGGAGAACCUCGCCAUGGGAAGACUGGAAUACGUGGAGAUCUUCCACGCCGGUCAGGCCUUCAGGCUCGGCCGGUAUCCCAUCCACUGGCAUCUGAUGGGAGACAUCAACUACAAGUCGUAUGUCCGAGGCUGCGCCAUCCAUCAGACCUUCAACAGGGCCGUAACCAUCCACGACACCCACCGGCUGCUGGUGGAGCACAACGUCAUCUACGACAUCAUGGGCGGAGCGUUCUUCAUCGAGGACGGCAUCGAGACAGAGAACAUCCUGCAGUACAACCUGGCUGUGUUCGUCAAGCAGAGCACCAGCCUCCUGAAUGAUGACGUCACCCCUGCUGCCUACUGGGUCACCAAUCCCAACAACAUCAUCCGACACAACGCCGCAGCAGGAGGGACCCACUUUGGGUUCUGGUACCGCAUGCACGACCACCCCGACGGCCCGUCCUACGACCCAAACAUCUGCCAGAAGAGGGUUCCUCUGGGCGAGUUCUCCAACAACACGGUGCACUCCCAGGGCUGGUUCGGACUCUGGAUCUUCCAAGAAUUCUACCCCAUGAAGGAUGGAGGCUGCACUUCCAAGACUCCAGAGCCCGCCGUCUUCCACUCCCUCACCACCUGGAACUGUGAGAAAGGCGCCGAGUGGGUCAACGUGGGCGCAGUGCAGUUCAACCGCUUCGUCAUGGUCAACAACGAGAAGGCCGGCAUUGAAGCCAAGCGCAUCUACCGCUGGGCAGUGAGCGGCUUCGGGGAGGAUGGGGGGGCCACCGUGUCCAACAGCACCAUCGUGGCCCACGUGGACGAGCUGGGACUGGGGCCUGAGUACUGCACGCACCGGGGCGUCAUCACGCCUUUCGACGACGGCUUGAGUGUCCUCAACACUCGAUUCAUCAACUUUGACCGGAGCAACUGCUCGGCCAUCGGAGUGACGUCCAUCGUGGGGACGUGUACAGACCGCUGCGGCGGCUGGGCCGUCAGGUUCAGCGGCAUCCAGUACUGGAGCUCCCCCAACAAGGCCGGAUUCAGGUGGGAGCACGAAGUCCAGCUGGUGGAUGCUGACGGCUCCCUCACAGGUAAUAUGAACCAUAAAGUGGUGCCGAUGAGCAGCUUGCUGGACCCGGCCCACUGUUCCCUGAGUGCCGAGUGGAGCGUCGGUUUUCCAGGAGCCGUCUGCGAUCACACCGUCAGCUUCCAUCGUCUGGCUUUCAACAACCCCACUCCGACCUCUCUGAAGGCCAAAGAUGUCAUCCUGACCAACUCUCACGGCACCAGUGUGGUUCCCUUCCUGAAGAAGAGGAUGACCCAUAAGUUUGGCUGGAUGGCCCUGCUGCCGUCUGGACAGACGUACAACUGGUUCUUCAACAACGCCGACCAGAUCACCAACAUCACCUACGAUGCCAAGUUCUACGGCUUCAAGUCGGAUCAGUUCGUCAUCAUCAGGCACAACUUCACCCAGAGUCCUGACAGCUUCCGCAUCAUCGAUGACAGGAACGGCUCGUCGACGCCGCUGAGCUUCAGCGACAACAACAACGGAGACUGGUUCUUCAACAAGACCACCAAUGACCUCUUCUACCUCGGAUCCGUUGAUUGUUCCUCAGGGAAGUGGAUUGUUCUGGACGCCGACACUCCGUCCCUCAACAAGCUAACCGUCAUCGGGGUCCUGGAGGUUCCCGACACCUUGAACAGAACCGUAGUGAUAGAUGCUGUUUACAUCUUGGUCCAGGGCGGCAGGCUGCUCGCCGGAUGGGAACACGAGCCGUUCCAAGGAGAGCUGCAGAUCCGACUCAGAGGGAACCACAACACUCCGGACUGGGUGCUGCCCAACGGACCCAACCAGGGAUCCAAGGUUCUGGGCGUGUUUGGAACUCUGGACCUGUACGGACAGCCUCCCAACGUUUACCACACCAAGCUCGCCGCCACCGCCGCAGCUGGGUCCAUGACGCUGGUUCUGACGCAGCCCGUGGACUGGAAGGUGGGAGAUCAGGUGGCCGUCUCCACCACAAGCUACAGCGCCUCAGAGACAGAAAAACACCGGAUCUCCGCCGUGUCGGCCGACGGCCUCAUCCUGACCCUGAGCCAACCUCUGAGCCACACUCACGUCGGUGGAACCCACUCCGUGUCAGGAACAUCCUUCUCCUACACGCUGGCUGCAGACGUUGGUCUCCUGAGCAGGAACAUCCGGAUCAUCGGUGAGGAGUAUCCGGCCAUGAUGGCGGAGUCCUUCGGGGCCCGGCUGCUGGUCGGAACCUUCUCCAGUCAGGGAAUCAGCUAUAAAGGAAAAGCUCAGAUCCGGAACGUGGAAUUCUUCCGCUCCGGCCAGGAAGGCUGGACCGACUCUUACGACCCCCGCUACUCCGUGGCGUUCCUGAACCUGGGAGAGGUUUCCGGGAACGACUCAUACAUCCAGGGAUGUGCCUUCCAUGACGGCUUUUCUCCUGCCGUCGGAGUCUUUGGGACCUCAGGCCUGAAUGUCGACGACAACGUCAUCCAUCACACCGUGGGAGAAGGCAUCCGUGUCUGGGGCGACAGGAUCACGCUGAGGAGGAACCUGGUGAUGAUGUCACUGUGGCCUGGAUCGUAUCAGGACAGAGAGGAACCCUUCAACUUCGAUUGGAACGCAGCCAUUGAGGUGAACCAGGGGACCAACGUGGUGCUGCAGCAUAACAUCGUGGCGGGUUACGAGAGGGUGGCGUACCGCAUCGACGGAGAACCCUGCCCAGGUUUCCCGAACCCUAACGAGGCCUGGAUCCAGAACGAGGCGCACGGCGGGCUGUACGGAGUUUACCUCAACAAGGAUGGACUGCCCGGAUGCAGCUUCAUCCGAGGAUUCUUCGUCUGGAAAACCUUCGAUUUCGCCAUCUACUUCCAGGUCACCAUGGACGUGGUCAUUUCCAACGUGACGCUGGUGGAUAACGGGAUGGGCAUCAUGCCCCUCAUCUACGGUCCUCCUUCUCUCUCACAUGCAUACGCAGAUAAAACUGUGGACGUUCAGAAUUCCCUGAUUGUUGGCAGCAGUCCAGACUUCAACUGUUCGGAAACGCUGAGCUCCGACGACUUCAACGUCGCCUCCUCAUCGUCACACCGAGCUCCCAGGCCUCCUCAAGGAGGCCGAUCUGGAAUCUGCUGGCCGAACUUCCAGUCGGGUCACAACACGGCGCCCGGUAAACCCCACCACCUCAACAUGAACUACAACGCCAUCAAAGGCCUCAUGAGGGUCACAGGCACGACGCUGGUUGGCUUCCGUGAUGUCUGCUCCGGGCAGAAGAACGUCAUGUUCAUCACCAACCCCCUGAACGAGGACCUGCAGCACCCGGUGCACGUUUCAGCCAUGAGGAUGGUGGACAGCACCGAGGAUGCCAAGGUGUUUAUUCACAGGCCGGAUGUGGGCAAAGCCAAUCCAGCCGACUGCGUGGACAUGGACUGUGAUGCCAAGAAGAAGACCCUGCUGAGGGACUUGGACGGGUCCUUCCUGGGAGCUCCGGGAACCGUGGUGCCCCAGUCCGAGUACGAGUGGGGAGGAGAUCCCAGGAGGGGAUUGGGCGACUAUCGCAUCCCCAAAGUCAUGCUGACGUUCCCGAACGGCAGCCGGAUCCCUGUGGAGCAGGUUGCUCCUCACAAAGGUGUGAUCAGGAAGAACUGCACCUACAUGAGCUCCUGGCAGAGCUACGAGUGCUUCGGCCUCAACUACAGGAUGGUGGUGAUCGAGAGUCUGGACUCGGACACAGAGACCCGUCGUCUGUCUCCUGUGGCUGUCCUCGGAGACGGCUAUGUGGAUCUGAUUAACGGGCCUCAGGAUCACGGCUGGUGCGCCGGGUACACGUGCCAGGAGCGAGUGUCUCUGUUCCACAGCAUCAUGGCCACUGGACACGCCUUCGAGGUCUACUUCACCAGCGUCAGCCCACAGAAGCUCCGCCUCAUGAUGCUGAACUCCGACCCGGCUGAGAGCGUCCUGGUCUCCGUGUUCUACUCCAACCCUCAGCAGCUGGACGUCUACGUGGAAAACAGGCUGGUUCCUCCGACCAACGCUGUGUGGAACGACGACAGAACCGACUACGUCCUGAAGGAGCCGACAUUCAGAGAUGAGUUCGUGCCUCUGAUGAACGCCUCCAUGGGAUCCAACUACUUCGACCAGGACUACAAGCUGCUGAAGGUCCUGCUGAGAGGCUCCACGCCGGUGGAGAUCAGGACGUCUCCGCUUAUCGUCGUGGCCUUCAACAUGCCCGCCCUCACCGAGGACGAGUUCUUCGGUCAAAACCUGAUCCAGAACCUGGCCACGUUCCUCAAAGUUCCCCCCAGCAUGAUCCGCAUCACCAAGAUCAUCAGGGAGGAUGGCGGCGCGCGGCGCAGGAAGAGGUCCACGGGCCUAACGGUGGAGGUGCAGAUCAAAAAGCCCCCACUUCAGCAGACCGGCAACAACAGCACCGAUGAGGAAGACUUCGCGCUGCUGAGGAGCAUCGCCGAUGAUCUGGGUCAGGCGGCGGUUUCUGGGAACCUCAGUCAGUCCAUCGGCUACAACGUCUCCUCCAUCGGCAUCAUCCCGCCUCCUCCUUCAUCUUCAGACCCCACCUGGAGCCAGGUGGCAGCAGAGGAAGUGUCCAGAGAAGAACCGAAGGCGAGCUACAUGUCGAGCGUGUCGCGCCUGCUGCUGGUGGAGGACCCGAUAGCCGGAGAGUUCGUGGGGCCGCUGCUCCAGCAGCCGCGUCUCAUGGCGGUGGACGAGCAGGGUAACUGUGUGUCUGUGGGCGUGACCACGCUCACCGUGAGCGCCAGCCUGAAGAACGGCAGCGGAGAUCCGGUGGGCGGACUGGAAGGAAACACCACCAUCCUGUUCAGCGGCUGCUGGGCCAACUUCAGCGACCUCUCCAUCCUGAACAGCGGGGAGAACCUGACGAUGGUCUUCACUCUGAAGGACUGGGGCGCCCAAUCCAGAUCUUUCUCUGUGAAGAACGUCCCCACCACGGAGAGCCCCCCCACCACGGAGAGCCCCCCCACCACGGACGACGACAGCGUGUUCAGUUCCAGCGCUGCCUUGCCUGUAGGCAGCCUGUGUCUGAUCAGCAUCAUCUAUGAGGCGGCCUGCUGCUCCACCAUUAUCCCGCUCUGUUAGCUUGUGCUCUACUCCGGUUCUUCUGGCUUUGAUUGGACGGUGGAGGUUAUCUAAAGAUGAGGGGGGGGGGGGUUCUGAUCCAGUCUGUGGUCAGUAAGGCUCCAGGGAUCUUGGUCACCAGUUUUUUUAAGCUUUCUACGGUUCUUUUAAUGUUUUUCUUCAGAUUUCGGCUCCUAUUACCUGAUUUUUACAGCAUUUUGUAAAAUAUUUGCCAAUUUAAAAUGAAGGAAUGAAAUAAUUCUGAGAUUAAACUGACCUCAAAGAAAAUGAAGUUUUAAACUUUGGCACUUUAACUGAUGGUUUCACAUUAAAUAUACUUUA